AUGAGAGCUAUUGUGCUGAUCUGUCUGCUGCAUGGAGCCCUUCCAUUUGGGUGGAACGUUGACCAGAAAUCACAGUCUGAAGACCCCAAACCAGGCAGUGAGUGUACUACGGACCAGGGUUCCUGUGGCUGCUGCUUUAUGUGGAAAGAGGUGGACAGGCUGACGACGUACUUUAACACGACUUUGAACAUGCUGGAGAAGGAAUACAAUCAAACAAAGCACAGUCUGGAUAAAAUUGAAGGCAGCCGCAGUGCCUUCUCUGUCGCUCUAAGCAGCACCCCAAAUUUGAAAUGCUUUGGCCCUUUCACCGUCGACAAGCUCAUCACUUUCAAAGAAAUCUUCAUCAACCUGGGUAACGGCUACAACCCGAGUACCGGCGUCUUCACCGCUCCGCACUCUGGCGUCUACAGCCUGGCCCUCACCGUCUACAGUGACGCUGGGGCUCCUGGUAAAACUUUGGCCGCCUGCGCCGAUCUGCUGGUCAACGGCGAGUUGGUGGCUGGACCCGGAGAAAAGAAUGAGCUGGACCAAGAGGACAGUGUCACUACAGUCGUGGCCCUCCACCUGAAGGCUGGGGACAAGGUGGCUGCCAACCUGCCCACUGGGUGUUUCCUAUGCGACGACGGCAUCAGCUAUAACACUUUCAGUGCCUUUCUUCUUUAUUCUACUGAAUAA